CAGACUAGAAGAUCGAGAGACAAAUGGAGCGCCUGUGGCUGUGGACGCUUUUGUUUGUUUUUGUUCAGACUGAAGUCUCAGGAAAACAGUGGAAGAAAAUUAAAGAAAACAUCUCGGAUGCUGUGAAAGGAUACACAACCUGCAGCCCUGCCAACUGCAGCUGCCAUGCAAGUGUCCUCAAACAAGACCUGCAUCCUUUCCGUGGAGGGAUUUCUGAGGCUGUCAUGGCAGCUACAGUCCAGAGAGGAGUUGGCACUCACUACCAGGUCAUUGGACACAAGCUGUACCGAGAGCACAACUGCAUGUUCCCAGCUCGAUGCAGCGGGGUGGAACAUUUCAUCCUGGAGGUGAUCGACAGACUCCCUGACCUGGAGAUGGUGGCAAACGUGAGGGAUUACCCACAAGUCCCUCACUGGGUGCAGCCGACCCUGCCCGUCUUCUCUUUUAGUAAGACAUCAGAUUACCAGGACAUCAUGUAUCCUGCGUGGACGUUUUGGGAGGGUGGACCUGCUGUGUGGCCCAUUUACCCCACCGGGUUGGGAAGAUGGGAUCUGAUGAGGGACGACCUGAAAAAGUCUGCAGCUCAGUGGCCUUGGAAGAAAAAAGAGUCCAGAGGAUUCUUCAGAGGCUCAAGGACCAGUGCUGAGCGGGACCCCCUCGUUCUCCUGUCCCGGGACGCUCCGGAGCUGGUCGAUGCCGAGUACACCAAGAACCAAGCCUGGAAGUCUGAAAAAGAUACACUUGGGAGACCUCCAGCCAAAGAAAUCCCUCUGGUUGAUCACUGCAAAUACAAGUAUUUAUUCAACUUUCGAGGUGUGGCGGCAAGUUUUCGAUUCAAGCACCUCUUCCUCUGCGGCUCUCUGGUGUUUCACGUCGGCGACGAGUGGCAGGAGUUUUUUUACCCUCAGCUCAGGCCCUGGGUCCACUACAUCCCAGUGAAACAGGAUCUCUCCAAUGUCAGGGAGCUCCUGCAGUUUGUCAAAGAUAAUGACGCCAUUGCUCAAGAAAUCGCCAAGAGGGGUCAAGAGUUCAUCCUCAACCACCUGCGAAUGGAGGACGUCACAUGCUACUGGGAGAAUCUCCUGAAACAGUUCAGCCAGCUUCUCACCUACAAGCCUAAAAGAAGAAGCAGCUACGGCCAGAUUGUGCACAAAUUUAGCAAAACAGAACUCUGACACACACUUUUCUUUCUUCCUCACAAUGUUUCACUGUUAUGUGACUCUGUGCUCGCCUGGAAAUGACUGUCUUCUAGCUGACGCUACAUAAAUCAUAAAGCUGAAUUGAAUUGAAUAUUGACGGUACGCUCCAGAUAGAAUUCGUCCUUGUUGUGCCGCAGUAGCUGAGAGUGCAGCAACUCAGUCUGUUCUCCUGAAAGAUAUUUCUUUCAUAACAUAAUGCAGGCGUCGUGUGGACAUCUGGUGUUUGUUUAUCUGAAUCUCUUUGAAAAUUGCACUGACCAAGGAAACCAGAUUGCUCCAGUGAAUCUAGUCAUAUGCUCUGCUCCACUGCCCUCUAUUGGACGACUGCUGGAACUGCAGCAGAAAACGUCCUCGUAUCACAACGAAAAGUCUUCAGUGAUUCAGUGGCUUUUUAAUAUGUUCCUUCUCCACAAAGUGCCAACUCCAAGCAAUAAUGUCUCUGAAUGUAGAAACACGUCUCUGUAAUAUUAGGUGGUGUUCCUGGUGCAGAAUCCUGUUAAAUGUGUUUUUGUAGUCAUGUCUUAUUGAUAACUGGUGAAUUGUCACCGAUGUUGAUUUAUGUACAUUUUUUUACUUCUGCACUGCUGCUAUAGACUGGUCCAUUUUUAUGCAGAUUUGAUCAUGUUUCAAGACCAAGACUUGUACAGUUGGUCACACUCUUGUGCGUUUUCGUUUUUAUCUGAAUAAAAUUUUGCGGGAGGUAUCAAAAGAUGAAGAAUAAAUUCGAAUAU